GCUUCUGACUUGCUUCUUGCUUCCAUCUAACCUUGUUAUUUGGAAUAUAAUCUCCUUCCUGUUCAACCGUGUUCUGAUUUGGGGACUUGUCGAGUGAAUCGGUGUCCAAGAAUACUAAGCAAUAGGAAUAGCUGGGUCAUAACCGUAAGAAGAAAGAGAUAUAUAACAGUGGCGACGGGGAAAAAGGAAAACAAAUUCAAGAUGCCCAUAUCAGAUGACCAGCUUAACCGAAUACUACAACAACAGCAAGCACAACUUGAUGCACAAAUGCGGUUGUUAGAGACCCUGACUCAACAGCUCAACAUUCACAGCUCGAGUUCACAUGCUAUUUCAAGUACGUCUUGUGAUGCAGUUGCUAGCAGCAUCCCAGAAUUCAUCUAUGAUCCCGAAAGUGGAAAUACUUUUCUCACGUGGUUCAAACGUUGGGAAGAUACAUUUAGAACAGAAUUCUGUAACCAAGACGAUGCGUGGAAGACCCGAUUGUUGGUACGUAAGUUGGGAAGCAAUGAACAUGCACGUUUUGCUGACCAUAUAUUGCCAAAGUUACCUCGAGAGCUCAGUUUCGAGGAGACGGUAUUUCAGUUGUCAGAGAUAUUCGGCGAGUCAUCCUCGUUGUUUAGUAUUCGAUAUCGGUGUCUAAACUUGGUGAAACGCGAAGCCGAUGAAUAUGGUGUUCUAGCAGACAUUGUCAACAGAGAAUGUGAACGUUUCAAGUUACGCUCGUUGACUGAUGACCAAUUUAAAUGCUUAAUAUUCAUCAAAGCUCUUCAGUCACCACAAGAUGCUGAGAUCAGGACUAGACUUUUAGCUCGACUGGAUCAAGACCCAAACGUCACACUCAGAACAUUGACAGAUGAGUGUAAGCGUCUACAAAGCAUCAGACACGACAACGAGUUGAUUGAACAGGUAAACCCUAAUUUAACCUGCGGUAGUGUAAAUACUAUUACUAGGUUAAAAGUUCAGAAGCCUUUAACAACUCGUAACAAACCAAGGACUGCAUGCUGGUUAUGCGGUGAUUGGCAUUAUGCACGAUUCUGUCCAUUCAAGAAGCAUAAAUGUCAGGAGUGCAACAAACGUGGACAUAAAGAAGGUCACUGUCCACCGAAGCGUACGUCUCAGCCUAAGAAGAAGCAUAAACGUCCUCGACAUGUGAAAUCAGCCGAGUCUAAAUUUCUUUCUCUGGUAGCUGCCUUUCAAACAAACUAUGACAUUCAGAGAAAGUAUAUGACCAUCCAGAUCAACGGCAUAUCAGCUCGUCUUCAAAUUGACACAGCAUCAGAUAUCACGUUAGUCUCUAGAGAAACGUAUAACUUGCUGGGUAAACCGCCAAUGAAACCAUCUAAGAAAACGGCUAAAAACGCAUCAGGUGGUGUGCUAAGACUGGUUGGUGAAUUACAGUGUGAAUUUUCCUUCAAUGGAACUAACUGUACAGGAAUAUGUUACCUAACAGAACGGCCAAACCUUGAUCUUCUUGGUCUAGAUAUGUUAGACAAACUUGGAAUAAUGGAUGUACCAAUUAACAGUGUCUGUAACGUAUCGCGUUCAUCAUUGGACACCCCAGUACUUCCAAAGAAGACAGGUGAUAGGUUACUAGGAAAACCGAAAACAAAAAUACGAACACAUUUCGAUGUCAUCCGUCCUACGCCAGCUAUUGAACCCCAACGAAACCUAUCGAUGGAGAAUCAGUUCAACCGACAUCAUGGGGCACAAAGACGAUUGUUCACGGUGGGACAAAAAGUGCGUGCUAUGGACUAUCGUGGGAAACAUCCUACACGGACAGCUGGUCGGAUCUUGAAAAAGAAGGGGAGUGUGGUUUACGAGGUGUCAGUUGGCUCAGAAGUUUGGGUACGUCAUGCUCACCAAUUGAAAGCAACUUCGAUAGCCAGCAACAAGAUUCAAUAUCGAUUACCUCUUGAUGUUCUGCUAGACACCUUCGAAAUCAAAACGCCGGUAACAGACACGUCAGUUUCUGUGCAAGAAAAAAGUGAUACUUCUUCAUUGCCUAGACGAUGGUCUAAUCGAAAGCACAAGCCAGUCACUCAGUUGCAGUUGGACCCUAGCACCAGAUCCUACGAAUCUGCUCAAAGGGGAGGUGUUAGCGGGACAUAGACUAGAUUAAAGCAUGCUCAAUGCAUGAUUGCUUUGGUGCACGCUGAUUGGCUAAUUCUUAUCCAAUCAGCACUAGUCGAUAGUUGGAGAAUAUUCUAGAAUCUUCUCAUGUAAAAAACUAUAAAUAUACUGACGUUUUCUCUAUUGUGCUUCUGACUUGCUUCUUGCUUCCAUCUAACCUUGUUAUUUGGAAUAUAAUCUCCUUCCUGUUCAA